GUGGGCCAAGGGUGGUGUGGUGCUACAGGGUGCCAGGGAGAGUGUGUUCACCACCAAGGCGGACCACUCCUUCUUCACCGAACCGGUCUCAUGCUUGGUCUUCAACGCCGUGGGGAAGACCAACGUCAGCAUCCUUGUGGACGUUCACUUCGGUCCCAUUCUCUUGGUGGAGCCCCAGCCCAAAACGGUGGACGUCGACUCUGACGUCACCCUCAACUGCAAAUGGGCCGGGAACCCUCCGCUCACUCUCACUUGGUUCAAGAAAGGUUCCAACAUGGUCCUGAGUAACGGCAACCAACUGUAUCUGAAGUCGGUGAGCCAGGCCGACGCGGGCCAGUACGUAUGCAAGGCCAUCGUACCGCGAAUCGGGGUCGGAGAGACCGAGGUCGCCCUCACUGUUAACGGCCCACCCAUCAUUUCCAGCGAGCCCAUCCAGUAUGCAGUGCGAGGGGAGCGCGGCGAAGUGAAAUGCUACAUUGCGAGCACACCUCCUCCUGAUAAGAUUGUAAGUCGCGCUCAACUUGAUUGACAACCUUCCAAAUUCGUCUUCGGAAAACACCACUCGG